AUGGCGUCUUAUACUCAAGAUUUCAAAGUCUCAUCUUUGUCAUUGCGUAAGAGGAAAACCUUAAAAAAAACAAUCAAUUUUUCAGUAAUGAUUGUGGGUGAGAGUGGAAUGGGAAGAUCGACAUUGAUAAAUACCCUAUGUGGAGGCAACUCCAUCGUAGCCACAUCCCUGACCGCAGACCAGGAUGCAUUUACCAAAAAGUUGACAUUAAGACAAGAAAAUGUCGAAUUGGAAGAUAAUGAAGGGCAUAAGAUUUCGUUGAAUAUAAUUGACACGCCUAACUUCGCAAAUCUGAUCAAUUGUGACGACGAUUUCAAGGUCAUCGUUGACUUUAUAAGACAUCAGUACGAUGAAGUCUUACUUGAGGAAUCCAGAGUAAAGCGUAAUCCACGGUUCAGAGAUGGACGUAUUCAUGUCUUGAUAUAUAUGAUUAAUCCUACUGGUCAUGGAUUGUCAGAAAUUGAUAUUCAAUUCAUGACACAUGUUAAUCAUUUAGUCAACUUAAUUCCUGUUAUUGCAAAAUCUGAUUCAUUGACGCCAAAAGAACUUCAAUUAAAUAAGGCUUUAAUCUUGGAGGACUUUGAAAAAUUUGGAAUAAACUACUAUAGGUUCAACGAAUAUGACUAUGAACAAGAUUAUAUCGACGAUGAAAUAAUUGAAUACAACAAAUACUUGAAUUCGCUAUUACCGUUUUCAAUUAUCAGUGCAAAUACGUAUGAAGAAAACCCAAAUGAAGAAGAAGAUUUACUAAAAUUGAGAGUGUUGAACCCUCUGUAUGCAAAGCCAAUUAACAUCGAGAACCCCGAGUAUAGUGACUUCACAGUGUUGAAAAACGUUUUGUUGAUAACUCAUUUAAAUGAGUUUAAAGAAAUAACUCAUGAGUCUAUAUAUGAAAAUUACAGAACAGAAGCUUUGUCAGGUAAGAAAUUCCAAUAUACCAAAGAUGCAGAGCCCGAUGUCAGUUAUUCACCCAUGCCCAAUGCUACUCUUGAAAAAGAUGAGGAAGAGUCUAAUUAUAUGAUGAAAGAAGAACAGAUCAAAUUGGAAGAAGAGCGUUUGCGCAAAUUCGAAGAAAGAGUACAUCAAGAUUUAAUAAAUAAACGCAAAGAAUUAUUAGAGCGUGAAAAUGAGUUAAAAGAGAUCGAAAAGAGACUUCUCGCUGAGGGCUUGAAAUUAAAUGAGAAUGGAGAUGUUGUUAAACUUGAUGAAUGA